CACACUUGACACAGAGAUUGCCAUGGAAACCAGGUAAAUGCGCAGAAUUGGUCCACGGCUCAGAUGGGAACCUUAUCCUGAAAGCACUUACAGGACUGCAAUCGGACACGAUGCAGCGAGUAUUCAAGUACGAGAACCUAACCCUUCGCUUUACGGGACAUCACAUGUUUCCGAUGUCCGGCAUUCACACAGCGGAAAACGGCAGCAUCACUUUCACGGGCAUCUCUGGUUACAUGUUCAGCCUCCUAAAACGGGCGCUCCGUUUCAAACACGUGAUCAAGCUUCCUCCGGAGUACAACUGGGGAGGUCGAAAGGCAGACGGCACUUGGGGAGGCCAGUUCGGAAUGGUUGUUCGAAAUGAAUGCGAUAUCCUCGUGGGUCCCGUAACCCCGACGGCGGACCGGGUCUCGGCGUUACAGCCUCUGCCUCAGUAUUUCUACGCUGAUGCUUGCCAUUGCGGAGGCAGGACCGAAAGAUACGUGACCGACGUGUUCGGCUACGUCAACGCGUUUGACCGAGAGGUGUGGCUAGGAGUGUUCACAGCCAUGCUGGUGGUCGGCCUCGCGCUCGCUCUGGUUGAAAACAACUUUCGCUGCUCUGGUCUCGCAAGAGCCGUUUAUUUCGCUGUUUUGGAGCUCUUCUCAAUAUUCCUCAUGGAAGCCUCUCCACGAGUGACACACGGAUCCGUGAAGCGGAGCCUGAUUGGCGUUUGGUGGUUGACUGCGUUUGUAAUGGCGUCUGCCUUCACGGGUCACAUGAAGGCCAGUCUGACCCAGAGGGACGAAGCACCACGCAUGGACCGCAUCGCAGACGUCGUCGCUAAGCGUCACGUGGCGCCCGUCAUCAUCCGGGGAACCACGUACGAGGAAGUGUUUAAAAACACUCAUGAUCGAACCCAACAGCAACUCUGGGCCGUUGUCAAGCGCAUGCGCAGUGUGCUUCCGGCUCGACAAGUCUUCACUCGAGAGAUUUUUGACGAUGUGCUGGCUGGCAAAAAGGUCAUAUUUCUGGAGCCAACGCUAUUUUUUCACGCCGUCUCGACUCUGUACAAAGAGGCACCACAAGGGGAAUUUUAUCUCGCACGCGAGAAAGUGGCCUUUUUUAUGAUGGGGAUGUUUGUGAAUCGAGACCUGGAUCCAGAUCUUCGAAAAGCGCUGCACGUCAGGUCCCGUUGGAUCAUUGAGUCCGGCAUGCCAGAAAAAUUCCGCCUGGACACCAUCGAGAAGAGCCGUCCACGCAGUUCUGACGACGGUCGCUUUCAGCAGAUGAGCAUCGACGACAUGUCUGGGCUGUUUUAUCUUCAUCUGGCCGGCGUUGGCGUCGCAACUGGAGCCUUAAUUGCCGAGCGCCUCGUCUGCUGCUUCGCAAGGAUAUGUUGCCACCGUAACAGUCGCUCCGCAAAUCACGUCACGGCAACGUGAAAACGCUUCAGAGUUGCACGGAUAGUGCAGUUUUUCAAAUGCCGAAGCGAAUAAUUGAAUAGUCCUAUCGAAGGAAUAGCAGCUUCAUUCGUAAGCUCAAAAGCGGCACCAGAGAGGGCAUGAUAAAAUAAAAGUGAGCGAUGCUUCACAUGA